AGCGCGGCCGGUCGGCGGCGCGGAGCGGAGCGGGGGAGUGAGAGCGGGCGAGAGGAGGAUGCUGAAGAGCUGCGGGAGGAAGCUGCUCCUGUCCCUGGUGGGCUCCAUGUUCACCUGCCUCCUGGUGCUCAUGGUGGAGCCGCCGGGGAGACCGGGGCUGGCCCGGGGGGAGGCCGGCGGGGCUCAGCGGGCGCUGCAGAGCUUGGGGGCGGCGGCGGCGGCGGCGGCCCCCCCGGCGGCUCAGGGACCCCCAGGGCUCCGCAGCUUCGCCGAUUACUUCGGGCGGCUGAGCCGGGCCCGGCGGGAGGUCCCCGCCGCCCCCCCGAGCCCCCCGCGCCCGCCGGCGGAGGACAUCUCCCCCCGCGAUGUCUUCAUCGCCGUUAAGACCACCAAGAAGUUUCACAAAGCGCGGCUGGAGCUGCUGCUCGACACCUGGAUCUCCCGCAACCGCGACAUGACCUUCAUCUUCACCGACGGGGAGGAUGAGGAGCUGAAGAAGCAAGCACGAAAUGUCAUCAACACCAACUGCUCGGCCGCCCACAGCCGCCAGGCCCUCUCCUGCAAGAUGGCCGUGGAAUACGACAAGUUCAUCGAGUCGGGCAGAAAGUGGUUCUGCCACGUGGACGAUGACAACUACGUGAACGUGAGGACGCUGGUGAAGCUGCUCUCCAGCUACCCCCACACCCAGGACAUCUACAUCGGGAAGCCCAGCCUGGACCGGCCCAUCCAGGCUACGGAGAGGAUCAGCGAGAACAAGAUGCACCCUGUGCAUUUCUGGUUUGCCACGGGAGGAGCGGGGUUUUGUAUCAGCCGGGGGCUGGCGCUGAAGAUGAGCCCAUGGGCCAGCGGGGGCCACUUCAUGAGCACGGCGGAGAAGAUCCGCCUGCCCGACGACUGCACCAUCGGCUACAUCAUCGAGUCCGUGCUGGGGGUGAAGCUCAUCCGCAGCAACCUCUUCCACUCACACCUGGAGAACCUCCACCAGGUGCCCAAGACAGAGAUCCACAAACAGGUGACGCUCAGCUACGGCAUGUUCGAAAACAAGCGCAACUCCAUCCACAUGAAGGGAGCCUUCUCCGUGGAGGAGGACCCAUCCAGGUUUCGCUCCGUGCACUGCCUGCUGUACCCCGACACGCCGUGGUGCCCCGCCAACGUGGUGUAUUAGGAGACAACUGUGUCCCCUCCAAACCUCGUCCCCCCAAAUUCCCCGGUAUCCGACGGGCGUGCGGGGACCUGCGUGCGGGUGUGUCGGUCCGGCCUGGCUGCCAGGCGGAGGGACGGACGGACAGACAAGACGGACGGACGUCGUUGCUGUGGUAUUGCACAGUGUGUGUGUGUACUGAAGGCUGCUGUGCGGCCACCCCAACCCCCCCAACCACCACCACCACCCCCCUCUUUGCCCG